UUAAAAGCUAUUGUCUAUUGUAUAAUUUCUGCACACUUAUUUUAGUUCAUAGAUGAUCACCAUGUUUCAGGCUACUGCAAGAAAGCACAAAAAUGUCAGGAAAGGGCUACUAGAACAAGUGACUUUUUGGGGAGUGAAUCAGAGGCACUUCAAGGUGUGUGCUGUCUCACAUUUAGUGUAAAUUUGAACGCAGCUGGUUAAUUCUAAACACAGCCACAUCCCCAUCUGUUAGAGGGUGUGGACACAUUAUCUCAAGUGUUUGUAUUUUACAUCUCUUGAAAAUACUUUUAUUUCAGUAGAGUUGUACAGUUUGAGGGUCACAUUAAUGCUGUUUUUUUUAAAAGGGUGUCUCAAUCUCAUUGUGUUAUGUCAGAAAAACCUAAAAUUUGAACAAGCGUGUGUAGACUUUUUACAUCAACUGUCAGUAACAGUUUUACAGCACCCCAGCUACAGUCGUGUUGUCUAUAAAAAUAAAAGAGAUGCAAUAUUUGCAAUAGGGCAGUUGUAUUUCAGACCUGUCACAUAGACCUGUGACCUUGUUUAACCUUCACCUUAACCCCAGGUACAAUAUACUGAUUCAUGGAAGGCAGCAGGCUGUUUUACUGGAGUUCAGGCCAGCUUGGUGUGCCCUCUGUCUCACUCGCACUUCACAUCAUCACCCUAAAUACAUCAAGCAUGCCACAAUGAGUUUGGACUGUUACGACAAAGACUUGUGGCAUUUGGUGAGUGCCUCUUAUGUGUGAAAGGGAAGGAUAUUUUAUUGUUGCAUCGAAGGGAUCUGCAUUACUGUAAAUUCUUAUACAUGUUUAUUCCUAUGUUUGGUGCAAUCUUUCAAAGUUUACUACAUUAAAUGUAGGAGUGCAGGAAAAGCUGUUUGACCGGAAGAACAAAAAAAAAAAACAAAUGCAUGAUUCUUGUUGGUCAUCAUAGAACUAUUUCUGAGCUGCUCUCUAAAUUGUUUCUAUCUAUCACUUCUCGUUUUCAUGAUGUGUCAGAUGACUGCGAGACAAACGUCUGACACUCUUAAUCAGUAAGCCCAGCCCCUGGCCUCAGCUGCUCCUCUCAGAGAAGGCCUGGAUGUCACAUUCAGAGCUGUGCAGUUUCACAGACAACAUCCAUUCCACGAGGGAGCAGGGAAAACAGUUUACAGGCAGGAUGGUGGCAGGAGACAUUCAGAGACUGUCCGAGGGCAAACACCACCUUCGGCGGCUCUCCAAGACAGCUCAUCCGGACCAGAGAGCAUUACCUGGGGGCCGCAAGAAGCUUCAAGUCAUCAUUUGUGUUCUGCUGGUGGAGCUUUGUGAAAGAUUCACAUUUUUUGGCAUUGUAUGCAACAUGAUCCUUUUUUGCACUGUAAAGCUUGGCUACGACAACUACCUGGCUGCAACAGUGAACUUGUGCUUCAUAGGAGCCAGCACCCUCACCCCUGUGCUGGUUGACUGGUUUGCCGAAACCUGCCUAGGAAGAACCAAGGUGCUCUACUUGUGCGCUUUUCUCCAUUUCUUUGGCACGGCCAUGUUACCUGUGGUAGCAUUCCCUUUUGAAGAUUUCUACAUUGACAUUCAUCAUAUGAGUCACAAGUUAGAACCUCAAGAGCAGCAGGCCCUGUUCUACACCGGCCUCCUGGCUGCUGCGCUGGGCAUUGGCGGCAUCCGGGCUAUUCUCUGUCCCUUGGGAGCAUACAACUUGCAGAGCUACAAUCAAUACCAGCUACUGGGUUUCUUCAACUGGUUCUACUGGUUGGUUAAUCUGAAUUCCACGGUUGUGUUUCUGGGUAUUGCUUACAUCCAGCAAUCUGUGGCCAAAAAUUUGGCUUUCUUAAUCCCUUUUACCUCUGCACUUCUGGCACUCAUUGCCAUACACAUGAUGCGCAACAAACUCACCUACAAACCCAAGAAAGGUGGCUCCUUACUGACCACGCUUGGAGUUUUCUUGAACUCUCUCAAGAUGUGCUGCCUUCACUAUCGCCACCUCAGUGGAGAUGUGCCAUCUUGGCUGGACCGGGCCAAGGAGAACAAUGGCGGCCGCUACAGUGAGACUCACGUAGAGAAUGUCAAAGUCUUGGCCAAGCUCUUCCCACUUUAUGGACUCCAACUGAUAUACAGAGCCUGUGUCACUCAGAUCCCCUCUGGAUAUUACUUACAGGCGAUGAACUCCAACCUCCACCUGAGUGACGUCCUGUUACCCAUCGGCACUAUGAACGUGAUCAGCAUUUUACCUCUUCUCAUGUUAGCCCCGCUGAUCGAGUGUGUGAACAGCUGCUCUCUCUCCAUGGCAAAAACUCCUCUGGCACCCACAAGAGUAAUUACUCUGGGACAUGCAUGUGCCGCUCUGUCCAUCCUGGUGGCAGGUUUGUGCGAGCUGCGCAGGAAGUCUUUCCCCCUGGUGGAGCAAACCCUCUCCGGGAAGGUUCUGCAAGUAUCAUCCAUGCCAUGUUUCCAGCUGGCACCACAAUAUAUCCUACUUGGACUAGCUGAGGCUUUGGUCACUCCAGCGUGCUCCCUCAUCUCUUUCCAGCUGACCCCUGGGCACAUCCGAGGAAUCUCCCUACACUUCCUCACAUUGUCCUAUGGGGGAGGAUGCUUUGUAGGAGCCAUCUGCAUUCAGGUGGUCUACUUCAUGUCUGGAGAGCAACGCUUGACUACAGGGUCCUUUUAUCCAAGCGUCCUGCAUGAUGGAAAUCUGGAGAGAUUCUUCUUCUUCAUGGCCAUGCUGAUGACGAUAAAUACUCUGGUGUAUUGGAGUAUAUCUCACAGGUACAUGGAUCUCAGCGUGCGGGGUAAGCCGUUGACAAUCAGCCCACUAACAGAGAAACUUCUUCAGUACAAAGCUUGCCUGCGGUACUACGACACUAUGGACCGCUCGUACACAAACAUUUCCUGUGAAUCUGUCAUCUGACAGACUUGAAAAGGAAACCCUACACUCUGUGGCGCUGGCGCUGCUUUCUGCUGUGUCAAAUUGAAUGUACUAUUGUCGUUUUAUUGUGAUUUGUGAACAACUGUGAAUGUAUAGCCAUGUGGGCUGUAAAUUGUCUUUGGGCUACAUUUGUAUUGUAUUUUAAAAUAAUCUCUAUACAGUAUACAACUACUGCUAUAAAUACCAUGAAGCCAGAAUAAAGAUAGAUCAUCAAG